CACACGAAUAGAAAAGAAAUACUGCAGAUAAUCUUCGAAAGAGUGUUGUACUACGUAUUAAGGAGUCUAUAAAGUCCUGGGAUUUCCCCCAAACAUUUUCCUAGGCUUGCUUCUUCGCGGAACAGCUGAGUGAAUUUCCCGCGUGUGAACAUUAGAAAGUCCAUCCAUGGCUAGCAGUGCAUCUCCAGCGUCACAUCACGCUCCCAAAAUUCUCUUAGCCAAGCCUGGACUCAUCACCUCUGGCAAGUUCAAUCGCGGCGGCGCUGAUGAUGACCCUACCGCGCUUCGGUCUCGUAUUCCGCCAAUCGGUUCUCUCAACCUGCUUUCUGACUCCUGGGAGUUCAACGCUGAUCGAUUCCUCCCAUUUCUAACUGAUAAUACAGAUUUUACUGUGGUGGGGGUGAUUGGUCCGCCAGGGGUGGGCAAGUCGACCAUAAUGAAUGAAAUUUAUGGAUUGGAUUCUAACUCUACUGGAAUCCUCCCUCUGUUUGCAAUACAAUCAGAAGAAACAAGGGCAAUGGCUAAGCAUUGCACUGCUGGAAUGGAAGCUCGGGUUUCAUCUGAGCGGAUUAUUCUCCUUGAUACUCAGCCUGUUUAUAGUCCAUCACUUUUAGCUGACAUAAUGAGGCCAGAUGGCUCGUCCAGUAUCUCUGUGAUAGCUGGUGAAUCCCUUUCUGCUGAGCUGGCUCAUGAACUUAUGAGUAUCCAGGGAUUUCUAUAGCUUGGUGUGUAUCUUUCAUCCAUUUGUCACAUUAUCAUUGUGGUAUCAGAAAAUGUUCACAAUUUGAGCAUGUGGCAGUUAAUGUCCACGGUGGCCUUGCUAAAACAUGGCAUACCAGACCCAUCAUCUAUAUCACUCUCCCAUCCUCAAAGCUCCAGUUUUCUCUCAGAAAAAGAAAUCAAAGAUAAAACUGGAGAAGCGGGUGAAGAAUACAUGGCCACUCCAGUAUUUGUCCAUUCAAAGUUACGUAAGGGGGAUCUUACUCCCCAUACUCUGUCUCAGUUGAGGAAAGCAUUGCCGCAGUUUUUCAGUGGUUCUUCCUUUAUGAAGUCAAAAGACACUAAUAUUUCUCUGCAUGCCAACUCCCAAAGUAGCAAUGUUGACUCUCAGUUGCUGAAAGUAUUCCUCCUUCCAUCAAAGCAGAAAGACAAUGCCUUAAAAGCACAGUAUGAAAGCUAUGUAACAGCCUUGUGGAAACUUCGAGAUCAGGUUCUGUCCAUGAAUGGUCCAUCAUUCUCAAGGACUGUGUCUGAACGUGACUGGCUGAAAAACUCUGCUAAGAUAUGGGAUCUUGUUAAAUCAUCAUCUAUUAUUUUAGACUAUUGUAAGACCCUCCAAAAUUCAGGCAUGUUCAGGAGGUAGUCAUUUGUCUGUUAUUACAUUUUACUUUGAGCUAAACAGAGAUUUCAUGCAGACUAAAGAAAACCGGGAAUGCUUCAGCCGUUAUUAUUUAGCUUGCUACAUCAGAAUGAGUCUAACUUUGAUGUUAAGAAUAAGUAGUGCUUGGAUUUGUGUUGUGUAGGUAAAACUGGUCAGUUUAAGUGUGACAUUGAUUUCGUGAUAUGUUAAAAAAUCAAAGCGAAGUGUAGG